AUGCAGUCGACUACAGCUGAUUUGGUGACCGACACUAAAUUUCGAGUCGAGUUUUAUUCAGAUUUAGUCCAUCGCUUCACAUUUCAGUCAAGCAACACCCCUGGUCAAUAUGUGAGGCGACAAGAGAGACUCGAUGUGUGGAAGAAAGAGAAAGCAGUGGGCAGUGGAUCUUAUGGAAGCGUCUGGGUACACCGAUGCUUGACAAGCGAGAACCAAGGCGAGCUACAGGCGGUAAAGAUGGUCAACAAAUCACAACUAUCUUCUGGGGGCAUCGACUUCUGCACAGAACUAGAGGCCAUUGCAAAGUUUUCACAAAAAAAGUAUCUUGGUCUGUUUGUUGAGUACUUUGGUUGGUAUGAAAAUGAGGAAUCUAUGUUUAUUGCCAUGGAGUACAUCCAACAUGGUGAUCUAGGCGCUCAUUUAACGAUACCAUUGCCUGAGAAAGAUGCUCGAGAGAUCAUUUUCCAAAUCGCAGAAGGUCUAGAACACCUGCACAGAAAUGGAUUUGUUCAUCGAGACCUAAAACCCGAGAAUGUAUUUGUCGUUGCCAAAGGGCCUCAAUGGUGGGUUAAAAUAGGCGAUUUUGGCUUCAGCAAACGAAUCAAGGAAGAUAGCAGCCUCCGAUCGAUGGUGGGCACACGACUUUUUCUUGCACCAGAAGUGCAAAUGAUUUACCCACCUGGAACAGAUGAGACGAGCGCCGUCUUUCAUUAUACGGAAAAGGUUGAUAUAUGGUCUCUCGGGGUGAUGACAUUCUAUAUCCUUUUCCACGAAUUUCCAUUUACCUCGAACACCCCAUAUGCGCUGCCGAAGUAUGUUCGUGGCGGACCCUUCCCAUUCCCUGUAUCUCCACCGGUGCAGAUGCCCAGCGAGGAGUCUUACCGUUUUAUGAUUGCUGCGAUGGCCCCAGAUGCCAAUACGAGAUUAUCUGCCCGGGGAGUUCUCGAGAGCAACUGGUUGAAGCAACGCGCUUUUGACUGUGUGUCUGGUAUGGAAAGUCUGCAAAUAUCUGGAAAGACAUCGUCCUCAAUUUCACGACGAGUGACUCAGGCUCAGACUACACAAUCACGGGAAUCUCAAGGCACCAUCACACCUUCCAAUUACGGGAAGACAUCGUCUACAUCAAUUUCUCCAUCCAAUCGAAUUGUUUCAACCUUAAUGGCCACGAACGUUUCGCUGAAUCCAGCGAAUCCCAUUCCGCCGCAAUCCAAUGCCAUAUACAGCGGAUAUCACGAGCGAGGAGAAGAUCCCCUGGCCGGACAAAAAUACAAAACUACCCAAGCCAUGUUCAACCAGGCUUCUGGCGGGCAAAAGAUGAACUAUCCCGAAGCCGAAGUCAAAUAUCAACUCGCCUUCGACGGAUUCAAGGCAGCCAUUGGAUGGCAAAAUGAAGAGACACUCUCGUGUCUUAACGAUCUAGGCAAUGCUCUUUACUAUCAAACCAGAUUCGCUGAAGCAGAAUGCACGUGGAGACAAGCCUUCCAGGGAUUCGACGAAGCCUUUGGAUCGCACCACCCAAAGACACUCUCAUGUCUUCAGCACGUAGGCAUCGCUCUUUACGGGCAAGCCAGGUACAUCGAAACCGAAUCAACAUGCCGGCUGGUCUAUUGGGGACGCAAAAGCACUCUUGGGCCACAUCAUAAAGACACUCUAUCGACGCUACAGGACAUCGGCGAUGCGCUUUUUUGUCAGAACAAAUACAUCGAAGCCGAGGCAGAAUACCGGCAGGUUUAUAGGGCACGCCAAAGGGCUUUGGGAGAACGUCAUCAGGAUACUCGCUUGGUCCUCCAUAAAAUUGGCAAAGCUCUUGAAUUUCAAACGAAGUGUGCUGAAUAUCAAGCAACAAUCUGA